AUGCUUUGUGCCAUCUCGGGGGAGGCUCCCGAGGAGCCUGUCGUUUCCAAGAAGACCGGCACUGUCUUCGAGAAGCGGCUGAUCGAGAAGUACAUCGAGGAGAACGGCAAGGACCCCAUCACCGGCGACGAGCUCGAUCCUGAAGACCUGCUGCCCAUCCAGUCCGCCCGCGUCGUGCGGCCCCGAGCCCCCAACCUGACCUCGAUUCCCGCGCUCCUAUCCACCUUCCAGAACGAGUGGGAUGCCCUCGCCCUCGAGACAUUCAAGCUGAAGCAGCAGCUCUCACAAACCCGCGACGAGUUGGCAAAUGCCCUCUACCAGCACGAUGCAGCAGUCAGGGUCAUCGCCCGCGUGACCAGGGAGCGCGACGAGGCCAGGGCGGCGCUGUCCAGGGUGACCGUGUCCGCUGGCUCCGGCUCCGCCUCUGGCGCAAACGGCGACGCGAUGGCUGUAGACAACGAGACACUCCCCGAGGAGUUGGCCGCGCACGUGGACGAGACCCAAGCCAAGUUGUCCAAGAGCCGCAAGAAGAGGCCGGUGCCCAGCGGCUGGGCCAGCUCCGACGAGAUUGCGACCUUUGCACCACACGGCUGUUACGCGGCCGUGGGCGGCCUGAAGGGGGACGUGGCCAUCUUCUCGACCACUGCAAGCACGCUGGAGCGGUCGCUCAAGGUGGAUGAGCCCGUGACGGACACGCUGUGGAGCGGGUCCAAGCUCAUGCUGGCCACCGCCAAGGGGUCAGUCAAGGUGUAUGAGAAGGGCAGCGAGGUAGCGUCGUUCUCAGAACAUGCAGGCGCAGCGACGGCGCUGUCGCUGCACCCGGGCGGCAACAUCCUGGCGUCGGUGGGCACGGACAAGAGCUUCGUGCUGUACGACCUGUCGGCGCUGCGGCGGGUUAGCCGGGUGUACACGGACGCGCCGCUGACGAGGUGCGCGUUCCAUCCGGAUGGGCACUUGUUCGCGGCAGGGACGAGCACGGGAGAGAUCAAGAUGCUGCUGACCAAGACGGGCGAGGAGGCGGCGACGUUCUCGCUGGGGGCGCCGGGCCAGACGACGGUGACGGUGUUUGACCUGCGCAAGGAGGGGGCGGCGGCGACGGCCAAGGUGCUGGAGGUGGGCAGCUCGGUGCAGAGGCUGGCGUGGGACUACACGGGCCAGUUCCUUGCCACGGCGGGGCCGUCCGGGGUGACGGUGCAGCAGUACUCCAAGGGCAGCAAGAAGUGGAGCGAGCUCCUGCAGAGCGCAACGCCGGCAGUCGGGCUGGGGUGGGGUGAGCAGGCGAAGGCGUUGGUUACGGUGAACGGAGACGGUGUCAUCUCGGUCUUGGGGGCUCCUGAUGAGGCUUAG